UUUAUUAUAAUAGGCUCGAAGCACUGUAAACAUUAAUAAUCGCAAGAAAGUGACCUUUUCUCACACUUCGGGAUCAAAGUCUUAUUGCCAACGUUUGUAUGAAAUGGAAACAUCUGAAGUCAUUGAUGAAGAGCCACCUGAAAUGAGGCUCUACAGUCAAGCACACCGUAAAAAAGACGGCUCAUGGAUUGACCCAGAAGCUGGAGAUAAAUACGAACAAAUGGAAGCUAUUCGCUCAAAAGCACUCGAGGAAGGCGUUGCAAUUGAUGGGAGGAAAAUUCUACAAAAGGUUUUGGAUAUACCGAAGUCUGGUUAUGCUCGUGGACUCGGAUAUGGAGCCAAACGGAUAACAGCUAAAGAAUCAGAGUUUGAAGCUCGUUUACAAGCAGAGAAGUUUGAGACUGAAAAGCAAGUUAAAGAACUAAAUGACCAAAUUCAAAAUCAACAGGUGAAAAUUGAUAACAUUUCUCAAUCAUAUAGCAAACUCAAGCAUCUUGUUCAACAAAUGUUGAAUGCAAAAGAUGAUGAAGAAAUAUCUAUUGAUGGCGACGAAACAUGUAUCGAUGGCUGUGAAAAAUCUCUUGAUGACGAACCAUCUAAUGAUUGUGAUUUUUCAGAGAAUGGAACAAUUUAUGAAUUAGAAUCUCAAUAUAAUUAUGAUAACAUAAGUAAUACAGAAUCCGAAACAGAAAGUGAUAUUAGUGAUGACUACCUGAAGAAAUGGUAG